GCUGUAAUUCUAUUCAUUCCAUCACAUUUUACAGCACAGGUUCUGUGGCAUUGCAAAUAUUGGAUUAAAAGAAAGAUCUUAGCAUAAACUUUAGCAAACCAUUUUCGGUAAAUACUUUUGGGACUAACAUCUCUUCUUUAAUUUUCACUCUUCUCUUCUCUUCUCUUCUCUUCUCUUCUCUUCUCUUCUCUUCUCUUCUCUUCUCUUCUCUUCUCUUCUCUUCUCUUCUCUUCUCUUCUUUUCUUUUCUUCUCACCAGACUCCCUCUAUCAACAGCUCCAGAAAAACCGGGUCCUUUCACAUGAGCUCAGUUUAGCACUCAAUGAAUUCUAACCUCACAACAGAAUGAGAAAAAACCAGGGCAUACACUGAAUAUGAACACAGUCUAUUGUUUGUGUUGCACACAGAGUAACCAAUAAUCUGUGAUGACAGAUAAUCCAUAAUUUAUAAUUUCACUAUUCUGUUAUCGUUGAUACUUUGGAUCUUGAGCUUUUUUAUGUCAAGGCUAAAGAUAUAUUAUAAAAUGUGUGGAUUUACUGUGUAUGGGUUGCAUCUGCAAGAGUGACAAAGCCUAAAUCUUAAAUUUUAAAUGUGAAAAAUCAUGGCAACCUGUUUCCUUUAAAUGGUGAACAGCCUCAACAUUUUCAAUGUAUUUUACGUAAAGGGAAAAGUUUACAUAGAAAGAGGAAAGUGCCUUCUGCAUUAUAUAACACACCUUGGAUCAUUACCAAUGGUGAGUUAUGUUGUAGGAGUAGGAGAAAAACAUAUUUCUAGAUUAAUUAUCUGAAUUAUAAAACUAUCAGUCCAUGUUUGUCACAUUUAAAAUGUGCAAUUUCUAAUAUACAUGCGAUGUGCAACCCUCAGGUACACAAAUAUAAAUGUUUACUUUUUUGCAACUUGCUAAAUUAUUAAUAUAUCUGAGAAAAAAAUAAAUAAAAAUAAUUUAAUUUCAAAAUGCCAAAUGUAAUAUUUUUUUCUCGCUUGCAUGAACCGUACUUGUUGCGUCUUUAUUUAUUUAUUUGACACAGACAGAUAAACUUUUUCCUUCAAAAUACAAUUACAGUAAACAUGUUGUAGUCAGGGGUCACCAAUGCUGCUGGCCGUAAGACUUUUAAGCAACUUCCGGUUCCGCCUCCGUGUGGAGGGGUCAAAUGUGAGAAGAGAGUCCGUGUGAAAAUGGAAGGGGAUGCAGCGUCUCCAAACAUCUUGGGGGAAAGUAAAGCUGGAUAUAUCCUGAGUAAUGUAGCUGAGGUCGUGGAGAGGAUUUUAACAUUUGUGCCGACUAAAAAUCUCCUCUGGAUAGCAGGUGUGUGUAGGCUAUGGAGGAAUUGUGCACGCAGGGUCCUGAGGACACAGCAGAGACUGACGUGGCUGUCUGCAUCUGGCUCAUCCAUAUACGAGGAGCAUGUUUUGCUUAGAACCAUGGCAGAAGACUUGGAGAAGGUCCAUCUGCUGCCCCAGACAGCUCUCCUAAUGGUGGAUGGAGAACACUUCAAUUGGCCUUUUAGUUACAGACAGAAAAAGGCCAGGAAGUGUGAGAAUGAAGUGGCGUCUGAUCCGGUCGAGAAGCUGAGACGCUUACUGCCUAGAAAUUGUGAUGUAGUAGGCAUUGCUGCAUCAGGAAUUGUGGUGACCCCCAGUGGUUCAUCCAGCAGCCCCCCAGAAGAGCACGAAAAUGGUGAAGCUGGCUUUAGUCUGCUUUUCCCUGCCAUGGAUGGGGUCACAAUCCGGCCUUUUCACUUCUGCAAAAAGAGCUUCAGUGAAUCGGCAAUGGAGGAAGCAGGGUUGAUUAAUAACCCUGAUCUAAAGGUGGUGCUGAUGUUUGACUAUGAGACCUGGAAAGCUGGAAGCUUUCUUAACAAGCUGCUGGAGCCUCUUUCUCAAAAUAAUGUACUUAUUGUUGGAGGACAAGUUGAGAGAGCCUUUUCCAAUAACACAACCUGCUGUUCUCCAGGCUCUUUUGGUGCAGUAGGACUGACCUUCAGUGGCUCCAAGAUCCAGGGUGCCUCAGUGCUGGUGGACCAGGACGUAAGCAACCCAAAAGCAGCAGAGGCCACUAUCCAGCGGCUGAAGGCUGCUAAUAUCCCAGAGAGAAACACCAUGGGCUUCAUGUUUGCCUGUGUGGGCCGCGGCCACAACAGCUACAAUAACCAGCGCAACGUGGAGGCCAGCGCUUUCCGGAAGAUCUUCUCCAACAUUCCGCUCUUGGGAUUCUUUGGCAAUGGGGAGAUCGGCUGUGACCGUAUUGUCAAAGAGAACUACACAUUGAGCGAGACAGAUGCUGAUGGACUACAACACUCUUUUACUACAGUCAUGAGUCUGGUGCAUUUUGGCUAACACGAACUGAAAACUGAGACUGCAAAUGUCUAGGAAUCCCCUUAUUAACUUGAUCUUUGAAGACAGACACCAGCUGCUUGUUUAAGUUAACAGCAGAUCUGAUGGUGAGCAGGUAUAAUUCUCCUAGGUUCUUUCCUUUUGACUUUUUUUCCUUAAAUCAGGAUGUCAGGAGGACAUUUGACAUCAAAAACAUUUAGGGUACUCUACCCACAGGUACAACUUUUGAGAGCAAGCUAAUUCUGAUGUUGUAAAACACAGAAGCGUCCUCCUACGACUUGUUUGGAAAGCUCAUUACUUCUAGAACGGUUCUGAAGAACAAUUAGGAUUUAGUUUGAAUGGCAUUGUGCUAAAACCUUGACCUUUGACUUCAGUUUUAAAUGUAAAACUUUUUUUAUGUGUAGCGCAGAACUGAAAUCUGUCAACCGAUCAGGCCUUAUAUAUAGUUUGAAAAAUUCAGGCACUUUUUAGCUAACUGUGAUGGAAUAGCUAAUGAUGUAGCCGUUCAUCAACCUUGGUACGGCUUAUGGGACUUUAGCAGGAAUUCCACUAUCUUCACUUCUGAUUUUACACACAAAUAUGUGCUCCAGAUUGAUUGCUGACCUACAUUGACUGUCCAAAUUGCCAUGUCCAGUAGCAAGUGCUACAAAACUGUAGGAAGAGUAUUCACAAUGAAAGAAAGAGAAACUGAACCCUAUCAGCACAUAGCUAUAUAUCGCGAAAAUUGACUUGCUAGCAGUUCUUAGUGUCUGUAUUGGAAUAAUAAAGGACCGAAGGGGAAAAGGUGGAAUUUCUUUGUAAUAUUUCAGUUUAUUUACGCUGCCUGUCCCAAUCAAAAUCCUGUAAAAAUCCAGUUUCAUUCCAACAGGGUAAUCCUUCAUUUCUGUAUUCAUCAGUUCAGUUGAGCUUUUAAAGGUUAAUCAUUUAUUCUAUGCUCUAGCUAAAUAACACAUUGUGUUGAUCACAGAUAAGUGAAGUGGGCUAUUUACCUGCAUUGUGGAGAUAUACAAUAUAUUUGCUGCAGUAUUUAGAAGGUUGAUUUAAACUGUUGUUGCCAAAUCUUUUUUCCCAACUUUCUUAAGAUCAUAUAGAUAAUACUUGGCUUUGCAUUAAGGAAAGUAAGUUUUACUACUGUCAUGUUUUCUUUUUUUUUAAUGACGGUGUAUUGGUUUUUCUUCAUCUGCACCUGCUGCUGGGUCGUGCAGUUAUUGGCCCAUUAUGUCUGCAUGUAUAUAAUUAUGUAUAUAAUAAAAUCAAUGAUGUCACUAA